GGGAGAGCUACUGGUGAGAGGGAGGGGGCGAGGGGUGUUUGUCCAUGUGAGAGAUAGUGGGGGGGGCAGGGGAGGAGCGUGGGUGUGCUUUCGGACCUGAGAAAAGGAGGAAAAACAGUGCGCAAGGCAGCAUAAAGGACGGGGACGGUGGCGUGUGCGAGGGAGAAGAGCGCACAAGUCCGUGGGUGUCCGGCGAGAAGGACUGGCCGUUCGGUCAGCGUGAGAGAGGAGAAAGUCUGGGAAAGUUUGUGUGGGGAGAAGGCUGAAUGUGAGGCAGAGAGAAAGAGUCACGCGCAUCUCCAGCAGCUGCCAGAAAGCUGCUCUCUCCAUCCUGCCCGCCCUUCUGGACCAUCCUGUGGACUUACAGAAGCCGGGUUGCUCGCCCAGGAAGGAGAAGACUGUGCCCCCCAUGGGGCAGGGGGGUGCCCGCCUGGCAUAGAGGACCCAAGCCAGGGCGGCUCCUGCCAGCCGUCCCUGGAUGUGGCUGGAGGCACGGCGGCCGUUGGGGUGCCCCCCGCCCCCGCCAUGGCUGCCGAGGUGCGACUGAAGAAACUGGAGGAGGUGGUUCUGGAUCAGAGCGCUGUAGGUCUGGAGACCUUGGUGGACCUUCUGCUAUGUGUGCAUCACGAGCUGAGCACAUCGCCUCUGGCCCAGGAGAAAUACAUUAUGGAGUUUUUACAGUGGGCGGAGCCAGUCACCUCCAGACUGAAAGCGCUGCGGCUGCAACGGGAUGAUUUCGAGAUCCUCAAAGUGAUUGGACGGGGAGCCUUCAGCGAGGUAGCGGUUGUGAAGCUGAAGAGGACAUCCCAGGUGUAUGCCAUGAAGAUAAUGAAUAAAUGGGACAUGCUGAAGCGGGUCGAGGCUUCCUGCUUCCGAGAGGAGCGGGACGUGUUGGUCAACGGAGACAAGCGCUGGAUUACGCAGCUGCACUUUGCUUUCCAAGACGAGAAUUACUUGUAUCUGGUGAUGGACUACUAUGUUGGGGGUGACCUCUUGACGCUGCUGAGCAAAUUUGGGGACCGCAUCCCAAUGGAGAUGGCUCGCUUCUACCUGGCCGAGAUGGUGAUGGCCAUAGACUCAAUACACCGGAUAGGUUAUGUACACAGAGACAUCAAACCAGAUAACAUCCUCCUGGACCGAUGCGGACAUAUCCGGCUGGGGGACUUUGGCUCCUGCCUCAAGCUCCGCAAAGAUGGGACGGUCUGCUCAACCAUAGCUGUGGGCACACCAGAUUACCUCUCCCCCGAGAUUCUGCAAGCGGUGGAAGACGGCGCUCACUCCUACGGCACAGAGUGCGACUGGUGGUCCCUCGGUGUAUUCGCCUACGAGAUGUUCUUCGGCCACACUCCUUUCUUUGCCGACUCCGUGGUGGAGACGUACGGAAAGAUAAUCCAUUUCAAAGAGCACUUCCGGUUCCCUCCGUCGCUUCCCGAUGUCCCUCCCGAAGCUCUGGCCUUGAUCGAAGGACUCAUCUGCCCCCGGGAGAUGCGGCUGGGGCGCAACGGGGUCCGGGACUUCAAAGAGCACCCCUUCUUUGUGGGCGUGGACUGGGAUUCGCUGCGGGACUGCGUGCCGUCGUUUGUGCCCGAAUUUGCCAAUGCCACAGACACCUGCAACUUCGACGUGGUGGAUGACUGUCUCACUGACAUGGUGAGCGGGGGAGGGGAAACCUUGUCGGAUGUGAUGGAGAGCUCUCCGCUCGGGGUGCACCUGCCCUUCGUGGGGUAUUCGUACACCUACACAGCAGCAGCGAAACAGAAUGAGCCGGAGGAAAGAGACCACAGGGACAUCAGCAUGGAGGUCGAUGGCAGCCAGAGGACUUUGCCCCCAGAAGAGACCCCCAAGCAAACACCGGAGGAGCUGGCAUGCAAACUCCCGGAUGGGCAGAAGCUCGACGUGGCCACUUUCCUAGAGUUGCAGUCGGCGCUCGAGGAGGAGCUGAGGAGCCGGGAGAUGCUGUGUCAAGAACUCAGCAUGGUCAAGGUGGCCAACCAGACCUUUGCCAGCCAACUCAAGGAAGCCGAGAGCCGCAACUUGGAACUGGAAGCUCAGAUCAAACGCCUGGAGGAGCAGAUUGAAGGGAUGAGGCCGAUGGCUGAGGAAGCUGCUCUGGGCUGGAGCCCUCGCUGGCCCCCCAACCACACCCACCCUUUCUUGUGCUGCGUGGAGCACCUGGCAAAUCAAGGCGGCACCAUGGCAUCUCGGCUUUGUGAAUACCCGCUUGUGGUACCUCUGUACCGGCACUUGCUGCUCUUUUCUAGGGUACAUAGGCCCUGCAUCGUCAAGGUGGGAUACCUGCUCUUAUGCACUGGCAGAUUUGCCCUGGAAGCCUCUCCUCGGACCCUGGUGGAGGUGGCUUGAAGGCUAUCGACAAGGGGGGACCGGGGGGAGACCCUUGUGCCCAACAGCUAGCUGCUGCUCGGUCCGCUCAGCCCUUGCCAGGCACCUGGGACCUCCUUUAUCACUUGCCAACUGCCCCAGAAGGGAGCUUGGGGCCCAGAGGACUGAAAGCCCCCUUCUCGUGCCCUGGCAAAGAAGAGGACCCUUUUCAACCCAGAUGCUGUCUGAACCAACAGCCGAGCCCACGCCACUCCCCGGGGCCUCACUUCCCUACGCUCUGAGCCCUGCCGCUGAACUUGCCUCGCUUUGUGAAAACAGCACUGGUCUCCCCAGCUCACAUUACUAGUAGCAGCUGGAGAGGAAUUUCCUAAAGGGCCACGAGUGGCUGCGGCAGAGACACCCCCCCCCCAAGACCUCUCAACCACCACUACCACCUUCCCACUUUUUAUCCUCAGGCUGCUCCGCCUCAAAUGCGAGGGGCAAAAUUUGGGAGCUGCUGUAGGAUCCAGGAAUCCCAGCAUCCUCAGGAAUUUAACCCCUUAAAUUCCUGUAGGGGAAAGAGCCCAGGAGCCCUGCCUCCCAGCCCUUCUAGUCAGCCCCCCAUUCCCCCCCAGCUAUGACUCCACAGUCUCCGAUUCCAAUGUGGCUGUUUCCAAGAGGUGAAGGCUGGGGGGGGGCGCGUUUCCUUUGUGGCAAGAGUCUUCCUGGGGACGCAGCGUCCGCUUACCCCUUUUGAGCCAACGAGGUGAUGCUCCCCCCUCGGAUUACGACUGCCGCCCCAAUGACCCAUGGCUGCUUUGCACCAGCUCCUGCCCCCCUUUGGGAGCUUGAUGCAAGGGCAGUCAGCGGAGGGACGGCCAGUGGAAGAGGACCUGCAGCUCCGCUGGACUUUUGAUUGGAGGAUGCUCUGCUAUCGGCGGAAUCUGCAGAAGCAGAUGCUGUACGCAGUGCUUCUGAGUCACGCUUUGCACCUGGGAUUUGCUGGGCUCAGACUAGGACGGUCUCCGAGUAGCUGCCCCAAGGCCCAGGCGGGACCUUGGAGAAGACUGCAAAGCUAUGCGUGUCUCGAGCUCGCUUGAUGUGAAGCGCCACUGGCAACAGAAAAAUGACUUGUACCUGCACUUCUACACUUCUGGCACCUGGUGGCAGCACCAAGCCUUUCUUGCUCCACACUGCCACACGUACACAAGGUUGUUCGUAAUUUAUUUGGGAUUGUGGUGUUUAGCUGUAAACCUCAUUUCCCCCUCGAGCGGGUGGUGCGCCUCUGUCCCCUGCCUCUUCCAAAAGCAAAUCAGAAGGUGUGUGCGCACCCGUCUCUAACGAAGCACCGGGGAACGUUUAGCUUGAAGGGGGGGGGAACUGUACUAGUUUUAAGGUUUUGCACUAAGCUCUCCUCUUGGCCCCUGGUUACCUCCUUUCUCCCCAUAUUUAUUAUUCCGUCUCCCCCCUCCCCAUACCCUCCCCUCCUUUGUGUAAUAAUAUGGCACAGGGGGGCUGGGUGCAUGAGAACACUGUACAUUUGUGACAAUGUGUGCUAAGGAUGUGCUGCUCCCUCUUCAGAGAUGAAAUAAAAUUGGAUUAUUCCAUA